UCAUUCUUUCCGUGCUGGAAUCGUUAAAGUGAAAGAUUACGUUCAGAAUUACUUGUAGAGCCAUGGCUAGACCAAUAAUGAUCAAGAGAAACUCCUAUAUAUGACGCCCCUUAAUUAUAAAUAAAGCUACCAUUUUCUCUCCUUCUCUAACUUCCUCCAAUCCUAUCCAUGGCUUUCAUGAUCCUUUUCAAGGUAGCCAUCACCAUUUUAAUUAUUACUGUUAACAGAGCUUCUGCGUCUGAUCCAGAUCCACUCCAGGAUGUUUGUGUCGCUGAUUACAACUCAUCUGUAACGGUGAAUGGAUAUGCAUGCAAAAGUAAUUACACAUACGCACCAGAAGAUUUUGCGUCAAUGGCAAUUGCAGAACCAGGAGAACCGAAUAUAUUUGGCACUAAAGUCGGUGUAGCCAACGUUAACAACAUGCCUGGCCUUAACACAUUGGGAAUGUCAUGGGCUCGAGUAGACUUUGAACGUGAUGGUUUAAACCCUCCACAUAGUCACCCACGAGCCACAGAAAUAAUUUUCGUACUUAAAGGUCAAUUAAUUGCUGGAUUCAUCACUACGGACAAUGUUUUUGUUGACAAGUUGAUCAGAAAGGGUGAAGUCUUUGUUUUCCCAAGAGCUCUCAUCCAUUUCCAGUUUAAUGUUGGCAAAGGUAACGCAAGUAUACUUGUGGCAUUCGAUAGCCAGAAUCCUGGUGUUCAGCCUGUAGUUUCCAUGUUUAUAGCAAUACCUAAAAUUCCAGAUGUGGUUGUGGCUAAGACAUACCAAACUAAUGUUACGGUAGUUCAAGAGAUAAGGAGAAGACUUGGAGUACCUGCAAAUGUGACCUUGAAUUACCCUCAUGAUAUUAUGUAGUGAAAUAAAAUUGUCGAAAUCUGGAAAGAAAGAAAAAAAAAAUCUACAUCUUAUAUUCCAGAUGAUGGUGUGGCUAAGGCAUUCCAAACUAGUGGUGAGGAAGUUCGGGCUAUAAGGGCAAGUCUUUUACCUAGGAAUGUGACCAUGGAAUAUAUUCAUGCAAUUAUUAUGUAGUCAAUUAAUAUUGUAAGCAUAAUAAAUAAA